UCAGUCCUCACUCGACGCUUAGAUCAGAAAAGCUGGAAGAGAUGCUAAUCUUAUUUAUAUAUAUAUUUCAUAAUAUUAUUUCUUUCUAUCGACGCGUUGAAGUUUGAUAGUUCUCGUUCUUUUUAUAUUACCAUUUCUAUUAAACUUUUAGAGGAUUACAAGCCGUGGCAUAUGACCAUAUACAGUUAUAGCUAAGUAAACAAUCAUCAUCUUUUGGGCAAUAGGAUUCAGAUGAACCAGAAACGAAUCAAACAGCUUGGAAAAAAUUAGUUUUUUUUUGUUCUAAACUUGGUCCUUCGGCUGGACUCAACCUUGUUAGUUGUGAACUGGAUGCCAUGGUUUCCUGAAGCCAUGUCUUGUAAAUCCAAAGUUGCUCCCAGUGUUGAUUUUGACCACAGCUGCUCUGACAGUGUUGAGUAUUUGACACUCAACUUCGGGCCUUUUGAGACCGUCCACCGCUGGAGGAGGCUGCCUCCAUGUGAUGAGUUUGUGGGUGCAAGGCGUAGCAAACACACUGUUGUGGCAUACAGAGAUGCCAUCUACGUCUUUGGAGGAGACAAUGGCAAGAACAUGCUUAAUGACUUGUUGCGGUUUGACGUGAAGGACUGCUCAUGGUGUCGGGCAUUUACUACUGGCACCCCACCAGCGCCAAGAUACCACCACUCUGCUGUUGUGUAUGGAAGCAGCAUGUUUGUGUUUGGUGGCUACACUGGAGACAUCUAUUCAAACUCUAACUUGAAAAACAAAAAUGAUCUAUUUGAGUACAAGUUUGCCACCGGGCAGUGGACAGAAUGGAAGGUGGAGGGACGUCUGGUUGCCAGAUCAGCUCAUGGAGCGACGGUCUAUAAUGACAAACUGUGGAUUUUUGCUGGAUAUGAUGGAAAUGCCAGGCUAAAUGACAUGUGGACCAUAAGUCUUCAGGAUCGUGAGCAGGCAUACUGGGAAGAGAUUGAACAAAGUGGUGAAAUCCCACCUUCCUGUUGUAACUUCCCAGUAGCUGUAUGUCAGGAUAAGAUGUUUGUCUUCUCCCAAUAUGAUUGUAAGAGUAAACUGGAAUGCAAUGAGGAGAGUGAAGAGUCUGGCUCAGGCAGUCAGAAGGACAGCUCUGGAAGGUCCUCAAGGGGUCCUCCUUUAUUGGAAGUGUCAAUCAGAGAGGCAGACGCGCAACCAUUUGAGGUUUUAAUGCAGUUCCUGUACACUGAUAAGAUACAGUACCCACGUAGAGGUCAUGUCCAGGAUGUGCUGUUGAUCAUGGACGUUUAUAAACUCGCUCUGAGUUUUAAACUGUCCAGACUGGAGCAGCUCUGUGUGCAGUACAUUGAGGCAUCGGUCGAUCUGCAGAAUGUCCUGAGUGUGUGUGAAAACGCAAACAAACUUCAGCUGGACCAGCUCAAGGAACACUGCCUGAACUUUGUGGUGAAGGAGAGUCACUUCAACCAGGUGAUCAUGACCAAAGAGUUUGAGCACCUGUCCACUCCGCUAAUCGUGGAGAUAGUGAGACGCAAACAGCAGCCUCCUCCCAGAGUCUAUUCGGAUCAGCCGGUGGAUAUAGGCACGUCUCUGGUACAGGACAUGAAGGCUUGUCUGGAGGGGGCGGGCCAUGAGUUCUGUGACAUCAUCCUUUUGCUAGAUGGUCAUCCACGCCCUGCACAUAAGGCCAUACUUGCUGCUCGCUCCAGUUAUUUUGAGGCCAUGUUCCGCUCCUUCAUGCCAGAGGACGGGCAGGUGAACAUUUCAAUAGGUGAGAUGGUUCCUAGUACACAGGCCUUUGAGUCCAUGCUGCGCUACAUUUAUUAUGGGGACGUCAACAUGCCUCCAGAGGACUCCCUAUACCUGUUUGCAGCACCUUAUUACUACGGUUUCUCCAACAACAGACUUCAGGCCUACUGCAAGCAAAAUCUGGAGAUGAACGUAACUGUAGAAAAUGUCUUGCAGGUACUUAGACUUCUUUCAAACUACACAGAGGAAGUUGGCAUUCACUGCAAAGCCUUCGAGUCUUUUUUAGCCCUUCCACUAGACACUUUAGCUUCACGGGUUCUCAUGUGCAUUUCCAUCGCGACGGGAUUCCUCGGUGUGGCGGCUGCUUUUUUCGGACUCCAAGGUGUUGAGAUUGGUGCCGGGCGGGAGAGGAUGAAGAGGACGCUGCUCAUCCUCGGUGGAGUGUUUAUCGUUGUGUCGGGGAUCACGACCCUUGCACCUGUUUCGCUAAUGGCGUACAUAAUGGUAGUGAAGUUCUGGGAUGAGAAUCUUCCGGAUGUGAUGCCCAGGUGGGAGUAUGGAGAGGCCAUGUUUUCUGCCUGGUUUGCUGGACUUCUUUUAGUUGUUGGAGGGGCUUUUCUUUUUGUUGCUGUUUGCAUGGGCGAUCAUGAAGCAAAGCUGCGAAGUAAAAUUCUCGCUCUCAAUCAAGAACAACGCCCGAGAACUCAGCAUUACAGAAAGACGGAAAUCAUAUAG